CAUUAGUCUCGGUGGUUUUUCUCUCUUUUUUUAAUUUUGUGAAGACGUGUGCACUUAAUGAAGCAUGCCACGGCCAAGAAAGUGGUAUCCAGCUGGAUAUACGGUAAAUUCGGGCAGGUUGGUAAACGUAAGGAACGAUUUUCCGCGGUGGAUGUGACGAAAUUGGAAAGAGAACUCUUCAACAGGGGCAAAAUGGACGUGUACGCACCCAACAACAGGAGGAACGUGACACCUUCCAGGAUAUUCUUCGAGAUAGCAGGAUGUAUUAGAAAGUUAGUUCUAUUCAAUUCUUACGAGACCAGGUGAAACUGGAGUCAGCAAUCACAAGAAGAAAAAAAGUGUCCGAGGCUGAGGGCUGGAAAGAUCUGCGAGCAGGUCUUGUUCAUGUCCACAUUGAACAAAUUCAGACCUGCCACACAAAAAAAUUCAGCUUCUGUGGCUGUGCACAGGUCCCAGAGAUUGUCUUGUGUCCUGAUUGUGGACCUGUAAGACUAUUGCAAAUCAUGUGAUGAAAAGAUCUACUGUUUGGUGAUGUAUCAUCAGACAUACAGUUGGAAAGAAGACGCAUCAUUGUGUCUACCUGUGAAAAGAGAAGCAACCAUUUUGUCUGAGCACCAGUGUGACAAGCUCUACUACCGUCAGAUUGGAGUUUUUGAUGCACAAGGCAGAGAUCACAUCAUGAAAGUACAGUUCUGUGAAUGUGAGCCAGAAGCAGUAACACUAAUAAGAAAUGGCUUAUGGCCAGCAACACCAAAGAAGCCAGGGACCGCAUUUUGCAUGAAAGUGAUGGAGCUAUGCAGAAUGCUACAGUUAGAAGGACAAAUGUCUCUCCAGAAAUUUUGCAUGGCAUUGGAGCGGAGGACAACUUUUCUACAUAGUCGCAGCAGGGACUACAGAAACAUGUACAAGGCACUGGGUAUACAUGCUAUCAUUUUGUCACAGCAUGACUAUAGCAACAUGUACUAGACACUUGGUAAACACAUCAUAAUGUGUUGUCACAGCAAAGACUACAGAAACAUGUACAAGGCACUGGGUAAACAUGCUAUCAUAUUUUGUCACAGCAUGACUACAGCAACAUGUACAAGAUACUUGCUAAACAUAUCGUCAUAUGUUGUCCAAUAAGUCUAACUUUCAAGAAACUCCUCAUGGUAUAUUGCUUAAUGACUCCAUAGAGAACUGUAUCAGUGCCACUAGACCUGUAGUCGAGUAGUGCGACAGUUUCAUUUUAUGGAUGUAAAUAUAGUUUACUUAUAAGGGUUAUAAGCCAAUAAUUUCAGUUUACAUUAUUUGGAAACUAUGGAAAGAAUACGUGGAUUGUGAAAAUGGUAUUUUAUGUGUUUGUUUAAUUGUUUAUCGUAGGUAACACAAUUAUAGAAUUUCACCAUCAUCAGGUGUUAUGUCUUGAGACAGCUCAUGCCCAUGACUUCCUGGGCAAGAAGUGCCCAAUAUGUAGUCUGGUAUGUUGUAUGGGUUAAGGAUUAGGCAUUUUAAGAAAUAUUUAAACACAGUUGCUGUAUUCUGCAAACAAAAACACCCACAAAAGUUUAUUACACUUGAUUUGUACAUAAUAUUUUCACAUGGUUGCAAUUUAAGUUUUUGAAAAUAUGCCUAAUCUGUGCACAUCAGUUUCCCGAUGUUUUGAUAUAAAGAGAAUUUAUCAACAUUGUCUAAUGCCUACUGAUAAUUUUAGGCCAUGUCUUUCAAAAACAUAUCUUCUAUUUCAUGAGGAAUUAAUAGAAGUGAUUAGUGAUCUUCACUCAGAUAUCGAUUCGAAAUCUGGUGAAGACGAUGAAGAGGAAGAACGCUUUUUUCCAUAAGUUGUUGAGCUAUUAAUUUCUUUAGUCAGUUUACUGAAGGGGACAAUUGAUAUGUUUAUUGAAAUUGUAAAGGUAUUUAAGGGAUGAUAGCAUGUUUAUUUUGUUUUAAAGCAUUGCUACAACCAACAUCAACAAAGGCUUUAUGAAUUCAUUGCUACAUUUUUGAACCAAGAACGGUGUAACCUUCUAAUUCUGUUUUUAGCAAUGUACUUUUUUUUUAUAUAGUAUACAUACAAGACACAUU